AUGCACCGGUUAAAAUUGUAGAGAGAGGGGCAGGAGCCACGCACGCAACACGUAUUCGCAAAUCCUCUUGCAAAUCGAUUGCACGAACUUGCUCAGGUGAAACUGGUAGUGCACGGACAUUGCAACAUGAGCAAAGCUCGACUGGAGACCGUGGCCACGAUGACCUGCAUGAAGACUCUGCUAAUGCUCUUCAAUUUCAUCUUCUGGGCGUCUGGAGUGUUGAUGUUAUGCAUCGGCAUAUGGAUGCGCAUCCAGCUGCGAGAUUAUAUGAAUAUGAGCGUGCAGGGCAGCGGAGCCGCUUUGCUGGCACUUUCGAGUUUAGGUGCGGUGUUAGCUGUCGCAGCGGUCCUCGCCUGUUGCUGCACCGCACGCGGUCAUCCUGCUCUCCUGUAUUUGUACGGUGCGUUCCUAGCCGUUGUGGCCUUGCUGGAACUUGGCGCGGGCGCGUCGGUUUACGCUUAUCGCACGAGCUUGAACGAGGGAUUUGAUCAAGGUCUGAACGAGAGCAUGGCUGCCUAUGGACAGGAUAAUUCCAAGAGCAGUCACAUCGAUACCAUGCAAUCAACUUUGCAUUGCUGCGGGAAUCGUGGUUAUGCUGAUUGGCUCAAUCUGGAUCCGCAAAAGAAUCCAGUUGUCCCUAUGUCCUGCUGCAAAGUGCCACUGGAUAGCUGCGAUACGCGGGAUGUAGAGGACAUUUAUACCGAGGGAUGUUACAAUCGCGUGCUGGAUUUCAUAAAUAGCAACAUUGGUCUGGUGGCCGGUACAGCGAUCGGCGUAGCUUUUUUCCCACUAGUCGGUAUCUUCCUAGCAUGUUGUCUAGCCAGCAAUAUCAAUAAGGCUGAGUAUGAGCAGGUUGCUUAGGCAUGGCACUUGCGCAAACUGCAACGACGGUCCUAUCAGAAAACAAAGCCUGUAUCGCUAAUGACGGCGAGCAUGUAUGAUUUAAUGGGAACACGGAAAUGAUCUCAAUCGAGGCAAGAACGCACUUUACUUCGAUUUUAAUUGACAAUUUGGUACGAAAAUUUAUUAAAAAUUUA